GAUUUUUCAGACUUCCCGGAAUACAAAGUUUUCUGUGUUCCCUUCCCCAUUUGGGAAGGAACAAGGACCAUUAUUUCAUUGGUGUAAAUUCAUUAUUUUCUCCCAUGGGAAGCUUCGGUGGCCCUGGUUUUGAUGGUGUUGGAGGCACUGUAAGGAAGAAGAGAAGCAACACAUUCCGGCGUCCUCGGCCUGAAUCACAAUCAUUUCCAGAUACGCGUGAUCAUUCGUCAUUGUCGUCACCACCCUCGGACAAUGUUAGCAAGGUCUCCAGUGAUGAGAACACUGGUUACGAUGCAAGUUCUCGGAAGAAAGAGUUCAAUCUGAACCAAUGUGCUUCAAGGAUGCCAUCUAGUAGUAGAGCUGAUGGUGAAAUCGUCCAUAAAAAGAUUAAGAAGGAAGAGGGAACAUUUGGAGAAUAUGAUAGAUUUUACAGCAAUGGAAGUUCAAAGGGUAGUAAUGAUCAUGUCCGAAAUGGUUCAGAUUCCAAAAGGUGCAGUGAAGGCGUCCUUGCUCCAGCUAAUUGGAAAAGUACAAACAAGGUGAAGGGAAGCUCAGAACUGCACUCAAGAAAGACGGACAGUCAUAUUGGCAGUGGAAAGAGUGGGGAAAAUCGUAAUUCAGGGCAGUCAGGGGUAGGUUCGGAUGUAAUAGGAAACGAAAGCAAGCUUAAAAAGGUAAAGCUCAAGGUUGGUGGAGUUACCCAUACAAUUCAUGCAAAAUCAACAACAUCGGAUGUUGCCUUUGGCAGUGGAUCUUCUAUUAAGACGUCUCGUUCUUCAGAUGCUCCUCGGCCAAGGCAAAAGCUGAUUCUUCAGGACAAUUCAGAUGAUGAUAACUCCCCUCCUCCAGAGAAGGCAAGUGGAUUGCAAGGAAUCCCUUGGAAAGAUUUCUCAAGAAGUGGUUUCAGUCUUGGGAAGAGGGAGGAUUCUUCCAAAGGCAAAAUUUCUGAAGACUCUAGGAAGCAAACGGACAAAUCUGAAUCGGUUCGUAAGAGCAAGAGGGUUCCCAAGAGACGUGUUUUGGAUGAUGUAUUUGAUGAGGACGUCGAAGAUGAGGAGAUCCGCUAUCUAGAGCGACUCAAAAUUUCCAAGUCUACAGCAGAUUAUGGUGCUGAAUAUGAAGAUGAUGAGAAUGAAGAAAGCAAGAAACCGAAAAGAAUUUUGAAAGUUUCAAAUAGUAGGGCUUUUAAUGGUGAAUAUGAUGAGGAUGUGGAAGAAUAUGGCUCAUCAAGGUCAGGAAAAGAUUGCAAGAAGAAGUCAAGAUUGGAUAGGGUAUUUGAAGAUACAGAUUAUGUUGAAGAAGAUGAACCAGCAUCAGAUGGUGAGCCUGAAAAGCGGAAGAAGCUGAGGAAAGAAUCUGUCGAUACAUUGAUGGAAAGCAAGAAAGAAAUUUCUCUUACGACGCGUCAACGAGCCAUUCAGUCUGGCAAAGAUGUUACUUCUGGGACUGGAGCAAGUUUAAUUGAGUUUCCAAAUGGGCUUCCCCCUGCCCCACCAAGAAAGCAAAAGGAGAAACUCUCAGAAGUGGAGCAGCAACUGAAGAAAGCCGAGGCCGCACAGAGACGUAGAAUGCAAGUAGAGAAGGCUGCUAGAGAGUCUGAGGCAGAGGCAAUCAGGAAAAUUCUUGGACAGGACUCCAGUAGGAAGAAACGGGAGGACAAGAAUAAGAAGCGGCGAGACGAAUUGGCACAGGAGAAGGCUGCCAACGCAAUGACACUUGCACCUAACACUGUUAGAUGGAUCAUGGGCCCUACUGGGACAACAGUUAUAUUCCCUAAAGAAGUAGGACUGCCAAGCAUAUUUGACACCAAGACAAUCAGUUACCCACCACCGCGUGAGAAGUGUGCUGGGCCAUCGUGUAGCAACACAUACAAAUACCGCGAUUCCAAGACAAAUCUUCCUCUUUGCAGUCUCAAGUGCUACAAGGCUAUACAUGAAAAUAUGCAGCCUGCAACUGGUUGUUGAUGUGCUCAACAAUCUUUGCCAUUACCCAACUGUUGUGUGUGUUGGUAACUCUGCACAUUAUUGUUUUGCUCUAUGCAACUAGUGCAGUUGCAAUGAUAACUUCUGUGAAUGUCAA